AUGAAUUACAGCGAGAACACCCUAGCCACCCAAUUCUCAGCAGGUUUAUUUUAUAAGGACACGGCCGACCAUCAGGACGUCCGAACCUUGGACGGUGAAAAUUCUGGAUUUAUAGAAAGGUCCAGUUUUACAGCCAGAAGCUGGAAGGUAGACCUGCUGGGGCGUCUUCAUGCAGAUCUGUUUUUUCAAGAAAAACUACUGUUAAACGGUGUAGAUGUGAAAAUUAAGCUAACACGCAGCAAGGAUGCAUUCUGUUUGAUGGCUAAUGGGGCUAACCCCAGAUAUAAGUUGCAGAUAGUGUCAGCUUCUCUCUUUAUCAAGAAAUGUUACCUGAACCCUGUUGUGAGUUUAGCACAUGCAGAGGCUUUGCUCACAGCCAAUGCGAAAUACCCUGUGGAUCGUGUGAGUAUGAAAGUGUUUAGCAUUCCGAUUGGAAGUCGUGUCAGCAAUCAGGAAAAUUUAUUUUUAGGACAACUACCAAAAACUGUCAUAAUUGGUUUUGUGGAUAAUGAUGCCUUUAGCGGAACAUUCUCUAAAAACCCCUUCAAUUUCAAGCAUUAUAAAAUUAACUUUGCAUGUCUUUAUAUGGACAGCACCCCUGUGCCCAUGAAGCCUUACCAGCCUGACUUUCAAACCGGUAAUUGUGUCCGCGAGUACAUGGGCCUUGCGCAGGCCACUGGUAAGCAUCUGGAAGAUAGAGCACUGCUCAUUAACAGGGAAGAAUAUAGGAAGGGCUACACACUGCUAGCUUUUGAUCUGACUCCAGACCAAGAAUGUGGGGGUCACUAUUCCCUGAUUAAAACUGGGAACCUGAGAGCAGAAAUACGUUUUGCCAGACCCCUACCGACAACAAUCAACAUGCUUGUGUAUGCAGUAUUCAAUAAUCUCAUAGAAAUAAAUCACAGGAGGAAUGUGCUGUUUGACUAUAUGUGA